AUGCAAAUAGGAUGCGGACGGGUGGUAUGGAUGACCUGGAUGUGGGUGUAUAAGCCUGCCAAAACAAGUUAUCGUUUCCCGACUUCGGAAACCGGGUAUCGAGGACACAACAGGAGGACAAAACUGCUUCUGGGAGACUUUAUUGGAUGGGAGCAUGGAAUGAGGGAUGCUGUUGGCAGAAAUGGUAAAACUAUCUUUCCAGUAUGCUUCUCCAUGAUGUCACCGAAACAGCUGGGAUUUCGUCAAAAACUGUCGGGAAAAUCUGUAAAGUAA